GUUCUUUCAAGUAUAAAAACAUGUUGAACCUUUGAUAGAUUUCUCAAACAACUUGAAAGGAAGCUAAAACCAUUGAAAAUGGAAGUGCAAAUCAUUUCCGAACAAAAUGUAAGACCAUCUUCUCCAACACCUCCACACCUGAGAAAUUUCAAGCUGUCCCUUUUGGACCAGCUUAUUCCAGUUCCAUACGCACCGCUUCUCCUGUACUAUCCGAUGAAUGACAAUUCUGGUGCUAGCAAUCUUGAUGUUCACAGAAGACUAGGAGUGCUUAAAAAAUCUCUAUCAGAGACUUUGACUCACUUUUACCCACUUGCCGGAAAGAUCAAAGAUGAGCUUUCCAUUGAUUGCAAUGAUGAAGGAGCCUAUUAUGUGGAAGCACAAGUCAACUGCCAUCUCAGUGAAUUCCUUAGGCAGCCUGACCUCCUGUUAGCACAUCAAUUCUUUCCAUGUGAACUCCUUCCGAAAGCAGUCACACAUGUUGCUAAUUUUCAAGUAAAUGUUUUUGAAUGUGGUGGUAUUGCUAUUGGCAUAUGCAUAUCGCACCUUAUCCUAGAUGGUGCUGCUUUGAGCACCUUUCUCAAGGCAUGGUCUGCCACAGCCAAAGGCAGCAAGGAAGCAAUUAUAUACCCCGAGUUCAUACCCAGUUCUCUCUUCCCUGCAAAUGAUUUGUGGCUUAGAGACUCAGCAGUUGUUAUGUUUGGUUCCUUGUUCAAAAAGGGCAAGGGCGUUACUAAAAGAUUUGUGUUUGAUGCCUCAUCAAUUUCCAGCCUCAGAGCCCAAGCAGCCAGCUUAGGAGUGAAAUGCCCCACUCGCGUCGAGGUGGUCUCAUCUUUCCUGUGGAAGUGCAUCAUGGCAGCCUCAGAAGAAUGGCGAGGAUCCCAAAGGCCUUCUUUACUAACCCACUUGGUGAAUCUGCGAAGAAAAAUGGAACCAAAUUUGGGAGAGAAUUCCAUAGGAAAUUUCCUAUGGUUAGCAGCUGCAAAAUGCAUGAACAAGUCCAGGGUCGAAUUAGACGACUUGGUUGGUGAGGUGAGGAAAGCAAUAUCAAAAAUUGAUGCUGACUUUGUUGGGCAGAUAAAAGGUGAUAAAAGCAAUUCUCUGGCGGAGCAAACACUCAAAGAAAUAGGUGAAUUUGGCUCCAAGGAUGGAGUAGACUACCUGGGUUUUUCUAGUUGGUGUAGAUUUGGCUUCUAUGAUGCUGAUUUUGGAUGGGGCAAGCCUGUUUGGAUUAGCAGUUUCGCCGUGUCAGGUUCACUUACCAUGAACCUUAUCAUUUUGGCUGACACAAGGUGUGAUGGCAUAGAAGCUUUCGUGACCUUGGAUGAAAAAGACAUGACUAUUUUAGAAGACAAUCCAGAGCUCCUCAAAUUUGCAUCUUUGAACCCAAGUCCUUUGGACAUCGAUAAAUCAGUGCAGUGUACAUGAAAGCUAUGGUAUUGACAGCGACGCUGGCGACAAUCUUUCUUAAUUAAGCUGUGGCUUGUAACUCAACACGAUUGCUCAGAACUAAAUCAUUUUUCGUUAAGAUGGCUUUACCAAGGUAGGAGAACCUGGAAACUUCCAUCCACCAGGUUUUGAAGUGUAAAAGCAUCUAGAAGUAGGUUCUUGUAAUGUCUCCACCAAUUUCUUCUGCUUCCGUAAGCAGUACUGCUGCGUCAUAAGCCAGUUUGUGACAAGAAUUAUAUAAAUUUGGAGUUUGUACUUGGAUUGCAACGCCUUAAGGUAGUAAAUUAUGUUUCAUCAUUUGCUCACCACAGCACUUGCCAAGAACAAGUACAUUAUUUUAA